CGGUGGUGGCGAGGGGAAGGCGACACUCGCUCCGCGCUGCUUUCGUGCAGAGCGACCGGGAGGGCUUUGCAGCGGCCGCCGCCGCCUCGGCGGGAGGUGGGGGCUGAGGUGGCUUCGGAGUUGGCCGGAGAAGGUGGGCAUUUCUCGCUUUUCCUCCCCCCUCUCCUGCUCUCCCUCCUCCCUCCUGCCCCGCACCCCACGUGAAGCGGAAUAUAAAGGGGGGUGUGGGACUAGAGGGGAAAGUGAAUGGUGAAGGACUGAAGGGGUCCCCCUUUCGGGUCCCCGGCCUCUCUGUUCACCCUCGUUCAUCCUCCCUUCCCGAAGCUCGCCCUCGAAGGCAGGAGCAGCCGGCGCCUUCAGCUGAGGAGGAGGAAUCGCGCCGGGCGGAGCGUCAGGUCCGGCUUUCCUCUCCGGCGUCUCGAAUACAAAGAUUACGGUGCAGAAGGAAAUUGCACUCGCCUCCUCCGCCCCCCGGUACCUAACACAAUGCACCAGCCGCCAGAGUCCACCGCCGCGGCGGCGGCCGCCGCUGCAGACAUUAGUGCUAGGAAGAUGGCGCACCCGGCAAUGUUCCCUCGAAGGGGCAGCGGUAGUGGCAGCGCCUCUGCUCUCAAUGCAGCAGGUACCGGCGUUGGUAGCAGUGCCACAUCUUCCGAGGAUUUUCCUCCUCCUUCGUUGCUCCAGCCACCGCCUCCUGCAGCAUCUUCUUCGUCGGGACCACAGCCUCCGCCUCCACAAAGCCUGAACCUCCUUUCGCAGGCUCAGCUGCAGGCACAGCCUCUUGCACCAGGCGGAACUCAAAUGAAAAAGAAAAGUGGCUUCCAGAUAACUAGCGUUACUCCGGCUCAGAUCUCCGCCAGUAUCAGCUCUAACAACAGUAUAGCAGAGGACACUGAGAGCUAUGAUGAUCUGGAUGAAUCUCACACUGAAGAUCUCUCUUCUUCUGAGAUCCUUGAUGUAUCACUUUCCAGGGCUACUGACUUAGGGGAGCCGGAACGAAGCUCCUCAGAAGAGACUCUAAAUAACUUCCAGGAAGCCGAAACACCUGGGGCAGUCUCUCCCAAUCAGCCCCAUCUUCCUCAGCCUCAUUUGCCUCACCUUCCACAACAGAAUGUUGUGAUCAAUGGGAAUGCUCAUCCACACCACCUCCAUCACCACCAUCACAUUCAUCAUGGGCACCACCUCCAACAUGGGCACCACCAUCCAUCUCAUGCUGCUGUGGCAUCCAUUCCUGGAGGGCCACCCUCAAGCCCAGUAUCCAGAAAACUCUCUACAACUGGAAGCUCUGACAGUGUUACACCAGUUGCACCAACUUCUGCUGUAUCAUCCAGUGGCUCACCUGCAUCUGUAAUGACUAAUAUCCGUGCUCCAAGUACUACAGGCGGUAUAGGUAUAAAUUCUGUUACUGGCACUAAUACAAUGAAUAAUGUUACCAUUAGUGCUGUGAGUAGUUUUAAUCCUAACGUGACAAGCAGUGUAUUUGGCAAUGCUAAUAUAAAUACAAGCAAUAUUCCUAGUGCUGCUAGUAUGAGUGUUGGGCCUGGAGUUACUAGUGGUGUUAAUGUGAAUAUCUUGAGUGGCAUGGGCAAUGGUACUAGUACUUCCUCCACUGUUAACAGUGUCCCCAGUGCAGCUGCAGGGGUGACUGUGGGAUCUGUUUCAAGUCAGCAGCAACAACCAACAGUUAACACAUCAAGGUUCAGAGUGGUGAAGUUAGAUUCUAGUUCUGAGCCCUUUAAAAAAGGUAGAUGGACUUGCACUGAGUUCUAUGAAAAAGAAAAUGCUGUACUUGCUACAGAAGGUGUGGUGAUAAAUAAGGCGGUGGAGACUGUAAAACAAAACCCGAUAGAAGUGGCUUCUGAGAGGGAGAGCACUAGUGGGAGUUCAGUGAGCAGUAGUGUCAGCACACUGAGUCACUACACAGAGAGUGUGGGAAGUGGAGAGAUGGGAGCCUCUGCUGUGGUGGUGCAGCAGCAGCAGCAACCGGCUCUUCAAGGUGUGACCCUCCAACAGAUGGAUUUCAGUAGCACUGGUCCACAAAGUGUUCCAGCAGUUAGUAUACCGCAGAGUAUUUCUCAGUCACAGAUCUCACAAGUACAAUUACAGUCUCAAGAACUGAGCUAUCAGCAAAAGCAAGGUCUUCAACCAGUACCUCUGCAAGCCACUAUCAGUGCUGCCUCUGGUAUCCAGCCAUCACCUAUAAAUGUGGUUGGUGUCACUUCAGCUUUAGGUCAGCAGCCUUCUCUCUCCACUUUGGCUCAACCCCAACUGCCAUAUUCUCAGACGGCUCCUCCAGUGCAAACUCCCCUUCCAGGGGCACCACCCCAGCAGUUACAGUAUGGACAGCAGCAACCAAUGGUUUCUACCCAGAUGGCUCCAGGCCAUGGUAAAUCAGUGACUCAGAAUCCUCCUUCAGAGUAUGUACAACAGAAGCCAAUUCUUCAAACAGCAGUGUCCUCCGGACAGCCCAGUUCUGCAGGAGUGGGAGCAGGAGCAACAGUGAUUCCUGUCGCUCAGCCACAGGGUAUCCAGCUGCCAGUGCAGCCCACAGCAGUCGCAGCGCAACCUGCAGGGGCCUCUGGCCAGCCUGUUGGCCAGGCUCAGACAGCGGUGUCUGCUGUCCCUACAGGCAGUCAGAUUGCAAAUAUUGGUCAGCAAGCAAACAUACCUACUGCAGUGCAGCAGCCCUCUGCCCAAGUUCCACCUUCGGUUAUUCAGCAAGGUGCUCCUCCAUCUUCACAAGUAGUUCCACCUGCUCAAACUGGGAUUAUUCACCAGGGAGUUCAAAUUAGCGCUGCAAGCCUUCCUCAACAAUUGGUUAUUGCACCCCAAAGUACCCUGUUAACUGUGCCUCCCCAGCCACAAGGAGUAGAGCCAGUAGCUCAAGGAGUUGUUUCACAGCAGUUGCCAGCAGUUAGUCCUUUGCCCUCUGCUAGUAGUAUUUCUGUUACGAAUCAGGUUAGUUCAGCUGGUCCUUCUGGAUUGCCUUCUGCCCCAACAAACUUGGUUCCACCACAGAAUAUAGCACAAACCCCUGCCACCCAAAAUGGUAAUUUGGUUCAAAGUGUUAGUCAACCUCCCUUGGUAGCAAGUAAUAUAAAUAUGCCGUUGGCACAACAACUACCGCUAAGUUCUGCUCAGUUCUCUGCACAAUCAUUAGCUCAGGCAAUUGGAAGCCAAAUUGAAGAUGCCAGGCGCCCAGUGGAGCCCUCCUUAGUUUGCUUACCUCAGACUAUCAGUGGUGACAGUGGGGGAAUGUCAGCAGUUUCAGAUGGGAGUAGCAGCAGCCUAGCAGCCUCUGCUUCUCUUUUCCCGUUGAAGGUGCUACCGCUGACGACACCCCUGGUGGAUGGCGAGGAUGAAAGCUCCUCUGGUGCAAGUGUGGUAGCUAUUGACAACAAAAUCGAGCAAGCUAUGGAUCUGGUGAAAAGCCAUUUGAUGUAUGCGGUUAGAGAGGAGGUGGAGGUCCUGAAAGAGCAAAUCAAAGAACUAAUAGAGAAAAAUUCCCAGCUGGAGCAGGAAAACAAUCUGCUGAAGACACUGGCCAGUCCUGAGCAGCUCGCCCAGUUUCAGGCCCAGCUGCAGACUGGUUCCCCGCCUGCCACCACGCAGCCCCAGGGGACCACGCAGCCCCCAGCCCAGCCUGCGUCCCAGGGCUCAGGACCGACCGCGUAGCGCCUGUGCCCCCCUGCAGAACUGGCUGCUGCGUGUGAACUGGACAGACCAGAGAAGACGUUCUAGGGAGGACCCGCCUCCACAGUCACUCAUUUCAUUGCUCGCUGCGGAGAGACGUGAGACUGACACAUGCCAUUAUCUCUUUUUUUCCAGUAUUAAACACUCAUAUGCUUUUGGCUUGAAGAAAUCUCUUAGUUGAGUGAAUUAAAGGUUAAUCAGAGAAUUAGUGUGGAUAUACUGGGACCUCAUGCAGCUUGGCAGAUACCUGAGAAAUGGUUUAAUUCAUGCUGAGGAGCUGUGUGCCUUUCCGUCCCUUCCCGCUCCCCACCCCACUUCCGAGAGUUCUCUUCCCUGCUUGCUGUAGUGUACUGCACCGGGUUAUGAAGCGUGGAGCUCCUCACUGGACUUUCCUCUCCCCUCUCCUCCCCCCUUGAAGAACUUGAAAGGGAGGGAAAAGUAAAGACUAAACUGAGGGGGAACAGAGUUCAUUGUACAAAUUGGCAACUGUCACCAAAAUCCAUUAAAAACAAUAGUACUGUGCCUCUUUCUGAAACUGGAUGACACAAAACUGUUAGAGUGACAAAACGUUGACAGGUAGCUGGGACCUGGGCUAUCUGACUAUGAAGGUUGUUUUGCUUAUUGUAUAUUUGUGUACGUAGUGUAACUAUUUUGUACAAUAGAGGACUGUAACUACACUUUAGGUUGUACAGAUUGAAAUUUAGAUGUUUCGUUGGCUGUCUGAAGAGGUGUGGGCUGUCUUUUAUAUAUCAAUCUACAGAAAAACCUGCUACAUGACAAAAACCACACCGAGAGAAAUUUUAAGAAUUUGGCACAGUUACUCAUAUUGUGUAAUCUGAAAUCUUGUAGCUGCCGACUAUCCUGAAGUAAAUCUCUGUUUACUGAAGUCUUUCGAUUGAGUUGUUUGAAUACUUUGAAAAAUGAUCCAUUCUAGUUACUGAAAUGGAUUUUCCCAGUAGGGGUUCUGCAUAUCACCUGUAUAGUAGUUUUAUGCAUUUGUUUCUGUGCAUGUUCUCCACACAGUUGUAAGGUGUCACUGUAUUUAACUGUUGCACUUGUCAACUUUCAAUAAAGUAUGUAAAAUGUUGAUAAA